CUUCCUGCUCAUCAUGGCCGUGUACCGCGUGCGAGUGACCACUGGUGCUUACCUGGGGGCAGGCACACUGGACAACAUCUCUGUCACUCUGGUGGGCAUGUAUGGUGAGAGCCCCAAGCAGCUACUGGAUCGCUUGGGCAGGGACUUUGCCCCUGGAUCGGUGCAGAAGUACAAGGUGCGCUGCUCAACAGAGCUGGGUGAGCUUUUGCUGCUGCGUCUACACAAGGAGCGCUAUGCUUUCUUCCGUAAGGACCCCUGGUAUUGCAGCCACAUCUGUGUCACCACCCCCGAUGGUACCCUUUUCCACUUUCCCUGCUAUCAGUGGAUUGAGGGCUACUGCACUAUAGAGCUGCGACCAGGAACAGCGAGAACUAUUUGUCAAGACUCUCUUCCAAUCCUUCUGGACCACAGGAAACGGGAGCUCCAGGCCCGACAGGAGUGCUACCGCUGGAAAGUCUAUGCCCCUGGCUUCCCUGGUAUCGUGGAUGUCAGCAGCUUUGAGCAGAUUGAGUCAGACAAGAAAUUUGCCUUGACCAGGACAACAGCGUGUGCAGACCAGGAUGACAGCAGUGGGAAUCGGUACCUGCCUUUCUUCCCCAUGAAGGUUGACAUCCCGUCUUUGCUGCACAUGGAGCCCAAUAUUAGAUACUCAGCCACCAAGACGACCUCGCUGAUCUUCAACGCCAUUCCUCCGUCCCUGGGCAUGAAGCUUCGAGGGCUGCUGGACCGAAAGGGCUCCUGGAAGAAGCUGGAUGACAUCCGGAAUGUGUUCUGGUGCCACAAGACAUUCACUUCAGAGUAUGUCACAGAGCACUGGUGUGAGGACCACUUCUUCGGGUACCAGUACCUGAAUGGCGUCAAUCCUGUCAUGCUCCAUUGCCUCUCCAGCUUGCCCAGCAAGCUCCCUGUCACCGAUGACAUGGUAGCCCCCUCGCUGGGGCCUGGCACCUGUCUGAAGACAGAGCUAGAGAGAGGGAACAUCUUCCUGGCUGACUACUGGAUCCUAGCGGAUGUCCCUGUCCAGUGCCUAAAUGGCCGCCAGCAGUACUUGGCCGCCCCUCUCUGCCUGCUGUGGCUCAACCCCCAGGGGGCGCUAAUGCCUUUGGCCAUCCAGCUCAGCCAGACCCCAGGGCCCGACAGCCCCAUCUUUCUGCCCACUGACUCGGACUGGGACUGGCUGCUGGCCAAGACCUGGGUGCGCAACUCCGAGUUCCUUGUGCAUGAGAACAACACGCACUUCCUGUGCACACAUUUGCUGUGCGAGGCCUUCGCCAUGGCCACGCUGCGUCAGCUGCCACUUUGUCAUCCUGUCUACAAGCUCCUGCUUCCUCAUACUCGGUACACGCUGCAGGUGAACACCAUCGCCCGUGCCACGCUGCUCAACCCUGAGGGCCUGAUAGACAAGGUCACCUCGAUCGGGAGGCAAGGCCUCCUCUACCUGAUGAGCACUGGCCUGGCCCACUUCACCUACACCAAUUUCUGCCUUCCGGACAGCCUGCGGGCCCGAGGUGUUUUGGCUAUCCCCAACUACCAUUACAGAGAUGAUGGUCUGAAGAUCUGGGCCGCCAUUGAGAGCUUUGUCUCAGAAAUCGUGGGCUACUAUUAUCCCAGUGAUGUGUCGGUGCAGCAGGAUUCGGAGCUGCAGGCCUGGGUCUGCGAGAUUUUUGCUCAGGCGUUCCAGAGCCGGAAAAGCUCAGGCUUCCCAUGCCGGCUGUGUACCCCAAAAGAGCUGGUGAAGUUCCUCACAGCAAUCAUCUUCAACUGUUCCGCCCAACACGCUGCUGUCAACAGUGGGCAGCAUGACUUUGGGGCCUGGAUGCCUAAUGCCCCAUCGUCCAUGAAGCAGCCCCCACCACAGACCAAGGGGAUGACCACUCUGAAGAGUUACCUAGAGGCCCUCCCCGAAGUGAACGUCACCUGUAACAAUCUUCUUCUCUUCUGGUUGGUCAGUCAAGAGCCCAAGGACCAGAGGCCCCUGGGCACCUACCCGGAUGAGCACUUCACUGAGGAGGCCCCGCGGCGCAGCAUCGCCGCCUUCCAGAACCGCCUGGCUCAGAUCUCACGGGACAUCCGGGAGCGGAACCAGAGUCUGGCGCUGCCCUAUAACUACCUGGACCCUCCCCUCAUUGAGAACAGCGUCUCCAUUUAA